ACAGGAGUGGCCCCGAAUUGAACUGUCAUUGUUCAUGUAGUUUUCUGUGAUAAGAAAUACUGUGAAAUUAUAGUUUAGCGUAAUAUAAUUAUUAUAAUCAUUCGCGAUGUCUGCAUCGGGUGAAUUUGGAAACCCUUUACGCAAAUUUAAGCUUGUUUUCCUUGGAGAGCAGAGCGUUGGGAAGACUUCGCUCAUCACUAGGUUCAUGUACGAUAGUUUCGACAACACUUACCAGGCGACAAUCGGCAUCGACUUCCUGUCUAAGACCAUGUACCUAGAAGACCGCACGGUACGGCUACAACUGUGGGACACUGCAGGCCAGGAGCGCUUCCGCUCUCUCAUUCCUUCAUACAUUCGGGAUUCAACUGUUGCGGUCGUCGUGUAUGAUAUUACCAGUAAGUACCUAUUCUUGUUAACUUAUUGUCCUUUGUAUUUUAGUGGGUUUGAAUGCAAUCGUGAUAUAAGAGAAUUUACAGUUACAAUAAACGUUUUUUUAUAAGAGAGGGGGCAAACAACCAUACGGCUCACCUGAUGGUAACUGACUACCGCCGCCCAUUAACAACUGCAACACCAGGGGAAUUGCAGAUGCGUUGCCGACCUUUUCAAAAAGAGUAGGCUCUUUUCUUGAAGGGCCCUAAGUCGUAUCGGUUCGGAAAAAUUGCUAGUGGUAUUCGAUUCCACAAGGAAGUUGUGCGAGAAAAAAACCUGUUGUAAAUCGCAUAGCAGUGGACCGCCAAUCAUCCUGUUGGUAUGGAUGAUAUCGCGAGUUCUGUCGCGAUGUGCGAUGGUGAAAUUCAGCGACUGGAAUUAAUUCGAACAAUUCCUCUGACCAUUCCCCGUGGUAGAUACGAUAGAAUACGGAAAGAGAUGCAACAUUUCAUCGCAGCGCCAGUGAGCCAAGCCGAUUGGAAGGAGCUUGGUCGCCGACGAUUCGAACUGCUCUGCGCUGGAUGCGAUCAAAUGGAAGGAGCUGGCACUGGGGAGCCCCGGCCCAGAGAUGGGAACAGUAUUCCAUGUGCGGGCGAACCUGCGCCUUGUAAAGUUGCAGGCGGUGUGCCAGCACGAAAUACUGUCCCGCUCAAGCACGCCAAGCUUUUUAGAGGCCAAUUUAGCCUUCUCUUCCAAGUGACCACGAAACAUCACGUCAUUUGAUAUGUCGACGCCAAGGAUUCUGAUACUGAUAGCGUCCUGAAACUGAGGAGAUAUGACAAAGAGGUUCUUUUUAGCGGUAAGCGCGCAAACUUGUGUUGGCUUGGAAUUGAACUGGACUAGAUUUAGUCGCCCCCAAAUAAAAAUAUUAUAAAUAUAUGAUGAAUUGAGCAACUUACCUGCAUGUAAUGCACCCUGUUCGACAAACGAAAAGUUUCUGUUGACCUACUGAUAGAGGAAAAUACAUCUUCAUGUUCUGAACUCUCCCACAGACUGGUAAUGGGAAAACCUCUUCCUCCUCACUUUCCCUGCGCAAUAUUAGACUAAUAUUAUUAGUUUUACAUCGUUCAAGGAAUGCGUAAUUUUCAUUUGGCAUACGCCUAUAAAGGAUAAUAGAAAAUGUAUUGAAUAGUUAGAGUCGUGGCAGAGCUCAUGUGGAUCGUCUUAAAUUUCGAAUGUUGCCAGCAGCCGAAUUUCGAUUGACUUACAGUGUAUUUUUACCUAUUGUAAGACAUUACAUCACUACAAUCCUACUUGAUUACGGUACCGGUACGGAACUGGUACGGCUUAGAAUACUAAGUGGUACGGAUACCGGUAACGGUAACCUUACUUGAAUCCCACUUGAUUAUAAGCGGUGAUUUAGUUGAAAAUGGUAAACUGGCUGGAUGCUUUAGGUUAGCUUAUAAAACAUUGUAAUAGGAUGGAAUGACAGAUGCUAUUUUGCUUACGCAUUACGAAUGACGUACUAAACAAACAUCUUUGAUUCGAAUGCGCGGUCUUGUCUACAAGAUGAGUGUCGCCGGGCGUCUGGUUGUUGAUUUAUUCACUAUAGAUUAAGUAUAAAUAAUACUUAUAGAAAGUUAUUUUUUAAUAUAUCACACACACAGUUUUGGAAAUUCCACUGUCGUGGGAAAAACAACUUCUUAUUGUAACAAUGAAUUAUUAAAAUGAUAAUUAUUUUACUUAAGUUAUAUCUUUAUAUUAAUCUCGUAUACGUACGUCUUCUAUUGCUUAACUAGGCCUUUUGAUAAAGAAAUUGGUUUUUUAUGUUGUUACGGUACCUAUCAUGGUUAUAAUACAAUUUUUAUCUGUGGUGUUGUGAAACAUUUUAUAUCUGUAUAGGGAUAAAUUAAUUAUGUAUGUAUCGUGCAAUUCAAUUCCUGCGCGACAGUACUCAUGCGUAGCUAUCCCCUCCACGUUUCGUUCAGCGCUAGACUUACGUGCCGCGAUUUUUACUGUUAUAAAAGAAAACAACGCCAAUAUUAGCCAACCAAGUUUUAAACACUGGGGUCGCUACUCCCUUUAUCAUUUUUAAUUAGAUUUAUACGUUUGUUACUCAAAAUAUUAUUAUAAGUUUUUUUUUGCUAGAAUUAAUGAAAUAAUGAAUCUCAGAAUACCGAAACUUACACGACAAAAAUGGUAUAUCUUCUAUUUAUAGUAGGAAAUUUAUCUAAAUAUUCUAUUUGGUGUCUGUAAUUUGAGUAUUUGUGACGUAUAAUGGCGACCCGACGUGAGAGAAUCCACGGCCUCAUUUUGUCUCGUGGGUCCCGUAAGAGGUGAUUAUGUGAAAUACCUAAAACGGGAGGUCAUGUUCCGGCGUGGGCUUGUGUGAACUUUUGCUGAUGCAGAAGUUUGAGUGUUAGUUGUCCACCAAUUUAAUAAAAUGUCUUGGUCAUUAUUUCAUAGCAUUAUUUAAAAAUUAUCUAUUUAGGAACACAUUGCUUGUUAUUAUUUUACUAAACAAAUAUAAAAUAAUUUAGUUCAUAUGUUUCAUGCGACAUUUGUUACGUCGUUGGCAAAGUAAGCUAAGCUAAUAUCGUAGGGUUAACACAUGUUUGCUUACUGGUGCGACUAAAUGUUAGUGCGGCAUUACCGCAUUACGCCUCUCAAAUACAUUCCUUUAUUUAGGUCCCUAAUUUUACACGUUGCUUUUUAUAAUGUGCAAACAGGUAAUGCUACUUUGUAUGUACCUCUAAAAUAUAAUAAACACCUGCGUAAUUAAUCAUGUCGUGUGAUGGCAGCGUAGAAGAUCCCCAUACCAUACCGUGCCAGAAAGAUCCCCACACCGAAAAAGAGAAGUAAUGUCAAAGUUGCGAGACAAAGAGUAUACAGGGUUAUUUUGCAAUAACCGGCCAUAGAGCAGUUUCAUUGUGUGAACAGAGAAGGUUCAGAAUAAGUAAUAUAGGCAAAUGCUGAAGAAAAAUUAAUAAAAAAAUCUCAAACAUUCUGUCCUUUUUUAUCUUUUAAAGUCAAAAUGCGUCGUAAUGUAUUAUUUUAACUGAUUUUACAGCGCACGCACACAUACAUAAGGGUCAAUCGGUAGGCAAAUACGAUAAUAAAAAAAUUGUUGGCCAUAAAUCACAUGCAAUUUGGGAUAAAUAAAAAGUAGAAGCCUUAUUUACUCGUAUUUUUAAAAACUGUUCAAAUAUAUAAAUAAUGACAUACAAGGGUAUAUCAUUAUUUAUAUAUUUGAACUUAAGUUUAAAAGGGGAAUGCCCACCGUUCAUAGACACUUCGGCCAUGGGUGCCAACAUAUAAUAGCAUAUGGAAAUGAUAAUAUGCAAUU